CCGCCCUUACCCUCCUCCUCCUCCUUCCUCCCUUAUUUAUAUAUCUCAUCCGUUUUAUUCACUUUCUUCAACAAAAAACCAAACCCCAUUAACUUUUCCGGGUUGCCGGCCGGCCUGAUGCUGUUGAAGUCGGAGAUGACAAUGUCGGAAAAACAGAGGACUCCAGUCAAAUGGCGGCGAAGCCACGGUGACUGCCACAGCUUGUCGCCCGUCUCGAAUCAAGCGAGCCGGGUCAAUGAUUUUCAGGAUCUGCUUGCACCUGGAGGUUGGCCUGAGUUGACCAAGUACGAGUUCUCCUCCACCGUGACGUGUUCGCCACCGCCGGAGGCGAACUCCGUGGCGGUCGGAGAGUUUCCGAAGAAGAGAAAGGCCAACAAGAACAAGGAACUGAAAUCCAAACUGGGUAAUGCUGAAUCUGACAAAAGAAUCAAACCAAAUAUUGAAGAAGAAGAAGAAACAGAGAAAACAGAGGAAACAGAGGAAACAGAGACGUCGAAACAGAGUUCAAGAGCUUCUGAUUGCGUUCAUGUAAGAGCCCGUCCAGGCCAAGCUACAGAUAGCCAUAGCCUCGCAGAACGAGCGAGGAGAGAGAAGAUAAGUGAGAGAAUGAAGUAUUUGCAGAAUUUGGUACCUGGGUGUAACAAAAUUGCAGGAAAAGCUGGAAUGCUGGAUGAAAUUAUAAAUUAUGUUCAAUCUCUUCAGCAACAAGUGGAGUUCUUAUCCAUUAAGCUGGCCACUACGAAUCCGACACUCGAUUUCAUCAAUGUGGAUGACCCUUUGUGUAAACAGGUGUUUCCGGCGACGGAAAUCUCGCCGGAAACGGUUACUUCUUCAUCGUACUUUAAUAAUCAGCUUGGAAUCAGCUCAAGUUNCAUUUGGAGCUCUGUUCAACUUGGGGAGACGACUUACAAAGGGUUUGCAGUAUGAGCUUUGAAGAAGAAGGGCCGCCAUUGUUGUGAGCUUUCUGUUGCAGCAAUAUCCAGGCAUUGAAGAUGAAAAGGAAACAUUUGUAGACGACAAAGUUGUCGGUCCAUUUUAAGAGAGUUAAAAUGUUGCAACAUUCAAAUCCAACGACUGUUUCACGAUGGAAUUCAAAAUAUUCAAUUUCCUCUCUUUUAUGUAAAUUAACUAGAGAUAUUGAUAGAAGGUAAGUUAGUGCCAUCUCUUUUAUUUGUGUUAAUAAAAUUAAUAUUGAACAGGUGUACAUACUA